CCCUCCGAACACCAUUGGUCUGAACUUGUACCGAGCAAAAGGGCGAGACCUCGAGAGUUGAAAUGGCGGGUUUUCGAGCUCUUCUGUUCGCUCUGGCCAUGGCUUUCGUGUGUAUGGAUCGUGCUUUUGUCGGUGCCAACUUCAGCAAGAACAUGAUCAUCACUUGGGGUAAACAACAUGUUAACAUGUCUGGAGAUAACCUCAGUCUUGUCCUUGACAAAUCUGCAGGAUCUGCAGUUCGGUCCAAGGCGGCUUACUUGUUCGGAAGCAUUGAGAUGCUCAUCAAGUUGGUGCCUGGUAACUCUGCAGGAACAGUCACGGCCUAUUAUCUAUCUUCUUCGGGAAAUACACAUGACGAGAUAGACUUCGAGUUCCUCGGGAAUACCUCGGGACAACCGUACACGAUCCACACUAACAUAUACACACAAGGAAAAGGCAACCGAGAGAAGCAGUUCCGACCAUGGUUCAACCCAACUGAUGGUUUCCACAACUACACAAUCCACUGGAACCCAUCUGAAGUCGUGUGGUAUGUGGAUGGAACGCCAAUUCGGGUGUUCAGGAACUACGAAAAGGAAGGAGUCCCUUACCCUAACGAGCAAGGGAUGAAGGUUUUUGUGAGUCUGUGGAAUGCAGAUGACUGGGCCACGCAAGGAGGGCGUGUCAAGACAGACUGGACACAAGCUCCGUUCGUGGCGGAAUGCCUUAGGUUCAGACCAAAAGCUUGCAAGUGGAAGGGACCGGUCAGCAUCUCCGAGUGUGCAGCUCUUACACGGGCUAACUGGUGGACGUCCCCUUCGUUUAGCCAAUUGAGCAGCGAUCAAUUGGCUAGGAUGCAACAGAUUCAGACCGAUUUCAUGAUCUAUGAUUACUGCAAAGAUACCAAUAGAUUCCAAGGGGUUAUGCCUCCGGAAUGUUCCAUGCCGCAGUUCUAAAAUGUGUCUGAAAUGUUCUGAUCUUUUUCUUCGUGAAUUCAUCACCGUUCAGUUUCUGUAACUCGCCAGAUGUUCCAAGCCAAAAUUCCAGAAUGAUUCUAGGGUUUGGAUUCAUCAAUCCACCCCAUGUAAUCCCAUUCGGGUUUUUGGUGCUUUCGUAAUAAACGGCGUUUGUCAA